AUGGAAGGUGUUGUUAGUAGCAGCAACAAUAAUGGCAGUUGUGGCGUUAUGAAUAAAAAUAAUUCAAAUAUAGAGAAUGAAUUAAAUUUUAUCAAUCUAACACAAAAUAGUGAUGGUGAUGAUGAUGGAAAGGAAGAUAGCAAUGUUAAAGAUAUUCAAACAACGGCUACUGAAAUUGAAAAGGCUACUGAUGCUAAAGCCAUUAAUAUUAAUCAAAGUUUAAUUAAUAAUAUUGCUAGAACUAAUAAUAUUAUAGAUAAUUUUAAUAACACUAGUAUUACUAUAGAUUAUAAUGCCAUAUUGGAAACAAUUGAUGAAUCUCAAGAUAUAGCCCAUUUAAAUAAUGUAGUUGAAAAAUACCAAUUCACAAUAGACAAAAUAACAAGAGAAUUGGAUCAACUACAGCUAGAAAUGUACAAUGACAUAGAAAAAGAUGAAGAGGAAAGACAAGAAAUUGUAAGUACCACCAGUAUCAUUAUGUCUACAAAGGAUGAUAAUGAUAGCAAUGAUGGUGAUGAUCUAAUGGACCUGACAAAUAAUUUAAAUGAAUCAACAAAUACCAGAU